UCAAAUUUAAAAAUACAAUAUUUUUUACAAUAUUUUUAUUGUUUAAUUUUUUAAUUAAUUUAAACACCCACCCACCCGAUUAUUUAUGUGCAGUUUAAGCUAUUUCCAGAAACAUUUCAAAAUCGAACGUACGUCUAACAUCUAAACGAUCUGGCUAAAUCAAAAAAAUUAGAAGAAAACAACCUGGAUAAAUUAAUAUCAAUUUUCUAAUUGAGAGAUAAAAAAACAAUGGUUGGCACUACUACAAACUUGGAGGCAUUUAUGCACCUGGUCAAUGGUCAAAUUGGUAGCGGCAUUUUAUCCAUGCCCAAAGCGUUUGAUGAUGGCGGUUUAAUAGUAGCGGCUAUAUGUACACCAGUUAUCGGUAUCAUAACUACCUAUUGUGUUCAUCUAUUGGUCAAUGUUAGCGAACAUGUAUGCGAACAAUUGGAAAUACCUAUACCCGAUUAUGAACAGCUAGCUGAAUAUACUCUGGCAAUUGGAUGGUCACCGGUAAAAAAGUGGUCGCACCUGGCUAAGAUAGUUACCUCACUGUUCAUAACAUUGAGCCAAGUGGGUGCCUGUGCCGUAUACUAUCUGUUUAUUGCUGAAAAUCUAAAAGCUUUUUUCGACAAUCUAGCUAAUGAUACCUCCAACAACAACAACAAUAACACUGGAUUUACCAUGUCACUAGACAUGUACUUGCUCAUAUUGUUGCCAGUAAUAGCAUUGCUACAGUUUAUCAAAAAUGUACGCAUACUAGCCAUACCAUCGACACUGGCCAAUUUGCUACAGGUGCUCGGUUUGGGUAUUAUAUUCUACAAUAUUGUCCAAUUUGAUCCAACAACCAUUGGUACCAGAAAACAGGUCGGUUCCAAAUUUCCACUCUAUUUUGUGACAACUAUAUUCAAUUUUGAAGGCAUAUCUAUUGGUAUGCCACUUUACAAAACAAUGGCCAACCCUAAAGCAUUUGCCCGACCCAUCACCGGCAUUGUGGACAUAACUAACAUAAUAAUUGUAUCAUUGAAUUUGUUUCUCGGUUUGUUUGGUUAUCUAAAAUAUGGUAGUGAUGUAGGAGCCAGUGUCACAUUUUCAAUGCCAAAUGAACCAGUAUACAAUAGUGUACAGGUUAUGUAUGGUUUUGCCGUUUUGAUGACAUACCCGAUUACAAUGUAUGUCCCAAUUGAGAUGCUUUGGCCCAAAAUAAAUCAGCGAUUUAUUGAAAAUAAAAUAUCAACUGGUACAAUUAAUUUUAUGGAAUAUAUAUUUCGAGCAGCUUGCGUCCUAUUGACAUAUGCUAUGGCAUUAUUAAUACCUCACCUUGAUAUAAUAUUAUCAUUAGUUGGUGCACUCACAAGCAGUUCAAUUCAAAUUUUGAUACCAGCUAUAUUGCAUACAAUAUGUUUUUGGCCAUUAUGCAAAAGUUCAAAAUCACGUGUAUUGCUAUUUACUAAAAAUUUAUGUAUUGUUGCUAUUGGUUUUGCAGCGUUCAUAUUGGGCACUUACUAUAGCAUUGUUGAUUUAAUUGCAGCCAUAUAA